AUGCGAUUGGAUCCACUUGGGCUGAAAGAGUGCUCGAGUUGGACUGAUGGCGGGUGGUUCGAAAAACCGGGCCACCCCGCUUUUGACGGUUGCUGGAUCCAUACACCGUUGAACGGGUGCUGCCUUCCAGAGUUUGAAUUUUUGGAGAACCAUGACAAGAUCAAAGGUGAGCCUGCACCAGUAUUGUAUGUUGGGUCUGGAUUUGACUGUCACAUACGGCUGCCAGGGACAUUUCCAUCCAGAAUUUGUCGCUUCAUGAAGCACAACAGUUCUUGGUUUCUUGAAGCUUUGCUUCCAAAGUACCAGAUCCACUUGCAAGGGGCAUCAUUGGAAGUAGGUCAACAAGAGCCUCUGAAGGAUGGAGACAUUAUCAAUCUUCAUCCCCCAGCAGAUGAUGCAGUGUAUGUGAUACAUCUUGACUUUGCUGGCUCUCCGAAGAGCGGGGAGGACUACCCCAACAAAUACCCUGCUCGUUUUCCAUGCAGGUCUUCGUUGCUGGAUGCUCCAGAAGCACCAGAGGAGCUCAGACGAUUGGCUUGGCAGACAGACCAGAUGCGUCGGCGCUCAGAGAACGACCAGGUGCGUGUUGCUGACUGGUCCAACUUUUCGCAGUAUGUGAAGCAGCACUACCUGAAGCAUGGUAUUGAAUGCACCUCGUGGAAAGAACAGGGUCGCGGCCGGCCUUGGGAUGCCAAGCCAGCCAGUUUUCCUGCUCGAGCUCUGCCAAAGUGGAUUUCUGAGCUGCUUGAUGCGGAACAGCCUCUUGUUGGUCUCUCACACCGAGCCUUGCCGUUUGCGAGCGCCUUGCGGGCAUCUGGCUAUGAGGAAAGGCUACAAAAGCCAAUGUCGGAACCUUUGUGUGUGGAGGGUGACGCAAACCUGGCUGAUGCAGUUGAACCGGAGAGAGUUCUUGACCAAAGCCUUGUAGUAAAAGAGCCUCCUGUGGAAGAGAACCCAUGGCUGCAAAUGCCCAUCCAUGCAUGGCUAGAGUCCAUUGAUGACUCUUUGUUCAUGCUACAGUACUGCGAGCAAAUUGUUUCGAAUUUUGAUUCGUUGAAGCAGAUUCACGAUAUCUAUUUUCGCGACGGCAGUUCUAUUGAUGCGCAGUUCUACAAAGCGGCAGGGAUCACCAAGCUGGGACACAAGCGAAUCAUUGAGAAGUGGUUCAGGGAAAAAUGCUCGAGUGAACAAGCAGCUGGUUCAUGUCCCAAGCAGCUCAAGUGA